AGCACCCCCUACGUUACGUUGACGGUGGUACAGUGAGAGAACGAAAGGUGUUUCGUAAACAAGUCAAGCGUAUACUUAAUAGCAACAACAAGAACUGGAAUCUACAAGCGACAAGUUGAAGCUAAGUCUACAGAAAACAGAUCCUUUGAUUCAUACUGCAAACCACAAAGUAUUUGCUCCGAUUAAACCUAUCUGGAGGUCAGGGCGUGCAAAACGACAUCUUCCUUUGUACUGUGCGAUUCCAUUUUGCAUUACGGGAGUUUGAUUUCAAAAGUCUGAAAACACACAGUGAAACGUGUCUAUUCCAUCCAAUGUUCAGUGUUCAGUGCCAGUUCGUAAAAUGCAGUUGUGCCAUAUAGUACUGCAUGCAAGGCGUCAGCUGAUAGUGAAAAAGUUUGCAAAAACAACUGUGUAGAAUAGUGCUGUGGCCGUAUACAACUAGCACAAAACUAUUUAAUUAAGUGGUUUCCACCUCGUUCAACCGAACGCAGGAGGUCCUCAUCGUAUUGCCUUGACACAUUGCAACGAAAGCUGCACUCCGAGAUGACCCGAAACGCAAACCAAUCAAUGCAUCAUUGAGCAAAUCUUCCAUAUGGCUUGGCGGUCCAGUGAUAGUGAAACGUGGAACCAAGAGUGUGUUUGUUGUUCAUAGCGCGUCUACAAUAUGCUAUCAUUCACGCUGCUACAAGUUUGCCCGAUUAUCGUCUGCUGCAGUUUGGAAAGGAACAACUGGUCCUGCUAAAGUGGACGCUAUAGUGCAGCAUAUUACCGUAUCAGAACAGAACGUGAGGCGACCGGGUUGUGAAUUGAAACAAAAACACACAGGAUUCUUAGCGAAGAGAAACUAUGUUCAACUGUUGCGGCAGACGCUAUGACUACCGUCCUAUUGAUCUUGCAUUUCAACCGAGUGGCUUCGGUAUUCGACACCUGCAAACGUUGCUGUUAUUCUUCGGACUUACUGUUGCCUAUGCCUUACGGGUGAACCUCUCCGUCGCCAUCGUAGCGAUGGUCGACAAAAAAGCUGCCAACGAACACUUUGAGGAAUUCAAAUGGAACGAAAAGACGCAAUCAAUCAUUUUGAGUAGCUUUUUCUGGGGUUACGUGGUGACUCAGAUUCCCGCUGGUCAGUUGGCUCAACGGUUUGGCGCAAAGAUUCUGCUACUUUUCUCGCUCGGGAUUUGUUCUUCGUUAGCCAUACUAACGCCGUUCUUCGCACACAUUGGUGACAGCAAGCUUGUGAUAGCUCUCCGAAUAGUACAAGGUCUCAGCCAAGGUUUCAUCUUCCCAUCAACACAUACCUUAUUGUCAAAAUGGGCGCCAGUUUCGGAACGGGGUCGCCUGGGAACGUACUGCUAUGCGGGAGCUCAGUUUGGAACCGUCAUUAUGCUGGCCAUUAGUGGUUUUUUGGCAUCAUCCUCUAUGGGAUGGCCGGGAAUAUUUUACGUGUCGGGAGCAGCGGGUCUAGUAUGGACUGGUCUGUGGUACAUUUUCGGCGGCAAUUCUCCGGUAGAACAUGGAACCAUUUCUGCAGAAGAGCGAGAAUUCAUAGAGAAUUCGUUAGGAAAUCAGGACCACAGUAAACGAAUUGUUACACCCUGGAAAGCUAUCUUCACUUCAGCCCCAAUGAUCGCCCUGAUCAUCACACACAGCAGUCAUAACUGGGGAUUCUGGACACUACUAACCGAAAUGCCAACGUAUAUGAAGAACGUGUUGGGUCUGGAUAUAAAAAGCAAUGCUCUGUUAUCCAGUUUGCCUUAUUUGGUUAUGUGGAUACUCAGCUUGGUUUUCAGUCCGAUUUCAGACUUCUUGAUCAAUCAAAACUAUCUUUCGCGUGUCACAAGUCGAAAGCUGUUCAACUCCAUCGGAUUAUGGAUUCCAAUGUGCGCUUUGCUCGGACUUGCGUAUGUGCCUAAAGGUGGCACUGAACUGGCUAUUGGCCUACUAACGGCGGCUGUUGGUAUAAAUUCAGCAACAUACCUAGGCUUCCAGGUGAAUCAUAUAGAUUUGGCACCCAAUCAUGCUGGUACCAUGAUGGGUAUAACAAAUUGCGCAGCAAACGUCAUGUCGAUUAUUGCCCCAUUAAUUGUUGGCCUUGUACUACAUGACGCUAAAGAUCCAGUACAAUGGAGAACCGUAUUUUACAUCGCCGCCGGUAUCUACUUUUUAGGAAAUCUAACAUUUGUGCUGCUUGGAAAAGCUGAUAUUCAACCCUGGAAUGAAGCACAGCCAAACAAAAAAGAUGAUGAUACUGAAGCUGCAGUGCCAAACAACCCACAUACCACCGAUCGUAGCAACCAUACAGACUAGGAACGUAACGAAUAAACAUCAGGAUCAUCACUCAUCCAUACAUGCUAGGAAACUGAACUCCAACUGUUAGAAGAUCGCUACUUUUAAGUAUAAAAGUACUUAGUCUAGUCCAAAAAUGAUAUAACAUUGCGCAGAGCACGGAAAGGUGGCAUAUCAAAGCGAGAUAGGAUAAAUCGAACUAGUGCUCUUAUCGAAUGUUAAAAUAUGCAGGAAACGAAUUCACACAUUGAAUGUAUGUGGCUUUAUGUCAGUUCCUGCAGAAUGAUAACUAUUAGUUGUUAGGUACAAAAUACAUCCUACAAAUUCUAGGACUGGAACCGAAGCCAUUCCAAUACAUAAAAAUAUUUUUAUCGAUGUAUAAGAAUAAUAGACUAUAUAUAUUUACA